GAAAUCUGUUUGGCUUGCAAUCUUGAAAAACUUGAUAGUAAUCAUAAAUACCAAUUCAACAAUAAUGAUAAUGAUAACUCUACUGAUACAAUUAAUAAACCCCCUAAUGAUUUUAUUAAUAAAAUUAAUAAACCCUCCGUUAUAAAUACAGCACAUGAAAUAUAUGAAACAAGUGAUGAUUUUAUAGAUGAAGUUGAGCAAAAACAUGCACGACUAUGUCAAGUUUUAAACGAGGCACAACGUAUUCUUAACGAAUCAAAGUCUUUUCAUAACCGUCAAAGAUUUCUUGAAAACAUAGAAUCCAAAUUAAUCCCGCUUGAAAAAUUCGUUGAAGAUAUUUUGCAUCACGAAAAGAG